GAAGAAUACGAAAAACACGGAAGUUACCUCGAAAGCGCCAAAAAUCGAAAUACCAGACGUGAAAUCGUUAGCUACUUGUUUGCUCCGUAGUCAACAACACAAUAUCAGUAACAAUGACGGAGAACACUUUCCCAGUGUAUAAAGUGGACGCCAUCGUAACCUUUUUCCGCACUGAGGUCCUUACCGGGCAGGAGGCAAAACAUUUCACUAAGAACGACCUUGCCCCGAGCCCAAAGCCAGAUGCAGUACAGAGACUGUACAUGAGGAUACUGCAACUCCUGUACCGCUUCAAGCCUGAGUGUCAUUACAUGGUCCCAUUCUCUGAGAACAUCCCCAUCCCCAGCUCCAUGAGUGGCCCACUGCUGUCAUGAGUGUCUACCUGAGGAUGCGUCAGUUCCUGCGGAUGUGCUAUGUGUAUGACUUCUCACUGAACGACCUGCUGGCUCCCAAGGUGAAGAGGACGGUGACCAUCCUGAGUGGCAUCAUGAACUACCUUCACUUCAGGAAGCAGAGGCUGGAUAUGACUAUGGGACACCAGGAGAGAUUU